AAAGUGCUGUUCAAUGGGUUGACAGCCAUUGGCGUCGAGUUUAUAGUGAAUGACAUCUCGUAUACGGUUUACGCCAACAGAGAAGUCAUUGUUUCCGGCGGUCCAAUAAAUACUCCCCAACUAUUGAUGUUGUCGGGUGUGGGCCCAAGAAAGCACUUGACCAGCUUUGGCAUACCUGUGGUGCUGGACCUACCAGUUGGUGACAACUAUCACAAUCACCCUAAUGUGGAACUGGAUGUGCCAUUAAAGCCCGAGUAUUCCUAUCUAGUCAACGAAGUGCCACAAUUCAAUGUACAACAAUUGAGCCAGCUAUAUUUCCAAUAUAGUGGUGUACAGUCACAAUACCCCGUGUCCAUAUUGUAUUAUAGCACUCAAUUAAACCGUGACAAACAGUGGCCAAAUGUAGAGAUGUUCUACACCGGAUUUAACGCAACGCUUAAAACGAGUAUAAAUUUAGUGAGAAUUAAAAGUUACGGCACAAUAAGGCUCCAGUCAACUGACCCACUGUUGCCCCCACUCAUUGACCCCAACUGGUUGUCAGACCCGGAGGACCAGAUUAAUAUAUUGGAUGCCGUGAGAAUGCAAUUUUAUUUGGUCGAGCGCACACAACUGGCCAAUUAUUUACAACCCUUGCGAUCGUUUGCCGAUAUCGGGUGUCCGGUAUGUCCGGGAAAAUACAUGUAUGAGUGCUCUGAGGGACUGAAGUGCUAUAUUAGGAUAAACUCGUUGUCGUCUUAUCACCCGUCGGGCAGUUGCCGUAUGGGAGCGAUAGAGAGGCCGGACGUUGUGGUCGACCCUCAGUUGAGGGUUAAGGGGGCCAACAAUCUAAGGGUUUGCGAUUCGUCUAUUUUCCCGGUCCUCCCGAACGGCAACACUGGGGCCGCCUCUAUAGUGGUUGGCUAUAAAUGCGCGCAAUUUAUUAAAGAGUAUUACAAUCUAAGUAAUUAA